GCCGGAAGAACCCACCAAUGGAGAGCUCCGGGAGGCGGGUGUAGAACGCUGGCUGGAGGAAGAAAAGCAAAUUUCAAGUUGGCCGCUGCGUGGGCCUCGAGUGGGGGAGGGACGGCAGGUUUUUAUCACAGAGUAUCCAGGCCCCCUCCACCAUGGCCAGCCGGGGUGGGGGCCGGGGUCGUGGCCGGGGCCAGUUGACCUUCAACAUGGAGGCUGUGGGCAUUGGGAAGGGUGAUGCUUUACCCCCACCCACCCUACAGCCUUCACCGCUCUUCCCUCCUUUGGAGUUCCGCCCAGUGCCACUACCCUCAGGAGAGGAGGGGGAAUAUGUUCUGGCACUGAAGCAAGAGCUACGUGGGGCCAUGAGGCAGCUCCCCUACUUCAUCCGGCCAGCUGUCCCCAAGAGAGAUGUGGAACGUUACUCGGACAAAUAUCAGAUGUCAGGGCCUAUUGACAAUGCCAUCGAUUGGAACCCUGAUUGGCGGCGUCUACCCCGAGAGCUGAAGAUUCGGGUGCGGAAGUUACAGAAGGAGCGGACCACUAUUCUACUUCCCAAGAGGCCCCCUAAGACCACAGAAGAUAAAGAGGAAACAAUACAGAAACUAGAGACACUAGAGAAGAAGGAAGAAGAAGUGACUUCCGAGGAAGAUGAAGAGAAAGAUGAAGAAAAGGAAGAGGAAGAAGAAGAGGAAUAUGAUGAAGAAGAACAUGAAGAGGAAACUGACUAUAUCAUGUCAUAUUUUGACAAUGGAGAGGACUUUGGAGGUGACAGUGAUGACAAUAUGGAUGAGGCAAUCUACUGAAAAAGGCACUAGAAUCACCCUGGGCCCCCCGUCUUUCUUGAUUUGAGAAAUAGGGGCUAAGUGUCCCUGUUAUUUAGAGUUGUUGUUGUUGUUGUUGUUGUUGUUGCAGGGUCUCUUGAUAGUACAGGCUGAUUUUGAACUCACUGUGUAGCUGAGGCUGGCCUUGAACUCCUGAUCCUCCUAUUUCCACCUCCUAUAUCAUGGGAUUACAGGAGUCUACCACCACACCCAGCUUUCUAUUAUUUACUUUUGUGGAAAAAAAAUCAUUUGGUCAGAGUCCAGAUGACUAUGUGUUCUCUGGAAACCAGAAUGGAGAGCAAUGACAUACAGCUGCCUUUUCUACCUCCUCCCACCCUGUAUCACCCUUCAUGUAAUGGGGAAAGAAGGAAGGACCAAUGCCAGCAUAGCAUGAAAACUGUUGAAAGUGUCACUGAGUUGUUCAAGCUGAGACAGCUGUAUGUACCCCUUUACCCAGUUUUUACAAGCUUUGUGGGCAACACUUGGGGGGUGGGAACAGUGAGGAGUAAGACCUGUUUUAUAUUUUUAAAUAAAAUGUUUUUAUGUGUCUGUC